UUCAGAUUGUGUUGUUACAUAGAGAAGUGAUUAUAUUACAUGCAGAUAAACGCAGGCAGCAUUGCCCUUGGGCAGCUAUUCUAUGAGUGUCAGAACACAAAGGACACAUAUUUUUGUAUACUCUUGUAUGGCACACGAGGCCACGACGACAUGCUUGUAUCUACUCCUUCCUCGCUGCCCAAGACGACCUCGAUCAGAUGCAACUGCCGCACGGUUGGAACUAGUCUUCUCGAUAAUUCAUCUCUAUAUCGCGAGUUGAUGUAAUCGAUAUACUGCAGCGUAUAUUUCCCCGAGCAGACCCGCAGCGGAAUAUACAGAUGGUCGCGUGUAAGCAGCUCGCUCGGCGACCACAGGCGAUUGAGCCGUUUCAGAUUCGAGACCUACUGUUGUA